UUCAGGUCGUCAGCAGACAGUCGGCGCCGACACACCCGAACAGAGUACCGCUCUGGUGUCCUCCGAUAGCCUCGAUUGGCGCAUUUGAUCUGUUUUUGAUCAACCUUAAAUUUGUCCCAGGCUGAGUCAGGGGACAGACAUGGAGCUCAAGGGCGACGGGAAAGAGGAGAUUGAGGAUGUUGGGAUGAAGGAUGCUGGGAUUGAGGAUGCUGGGAUGAAAGAUCCUGGCAUGAAGGAUUUUGAAGAGGUUCGGAUCGUUGUAGAAAACCCGGAGGCUGAUGCGACUGAAGCCGACGUGAGUGAGGUGGAUCUAGAUCAGGAGGAGCAGGAGAAACAGCCGAUGACCGGAGGAGGCAGCAGCGGGGUCAGCGGCAAGGAGGCACAAGUGGAGAAGAAUGGCGCUGUAAAUCUCAAGAUCCUGGAGGAAGAGGAGGUGAAGUUCACGGGCCUGACCAAGGAGGAGCUGCUGCGGGUGGCGGGAAGUCGAGGAUGGGUUCAGAUUCGUUGGACCCUGCUGGUGCUGUUCUGGCUUGGCUGGCUGGGGAUGCUCGUCGGUGCCGUCCUCAUCAUCCUGCAUGCGCCGCGCUGCAGAGACCUUCCCAAACCUGACUGGUGGAAUGACGGCCUCCUGUAUCAGGUUGGAAAAGUCCAGGUUUUCAGCAACAACCUGAAGGGACUUGAGCAGAAGCUUGAUAGUUUGCAUCAUCUGAAGGUGAAAGGUUUGGUCAUCGGACCGAUCCAUGUGGCGCCGCCAGACGACGCCAUGAAACUGAGUUUUGAAGAGAUUUCCUCUGAGGUCGGAACCCUGGAUCAGUUCAGGGGCGUCGUCCAGGCCGCUCACAAGAAGGAUAUUAAUGUGGUUUUGGAUCUGACUCCAAACUACCUCAGCCCUUCUGGACCCUGGUUCUCCAACAACACUGUGAGGAGUAUCGCUGAAAAACUGAAGUCUGCGCUGAUGUUCUGGUUGAAAGAGGGCGUGGACGGCAUUCAGCUGUCAGGAGUCCAGGAAGUGGCCAGUGUGGUACCUUCUCUGUGGCUGGACAUCCAAUCCAUCAUCCAGAAAAGCACUAAGGAGUACCCCAAGAAGAGAGUCCUGAUCGGUGUCACAGAGACAUCCUCGGCUGAAGAAGUGUCCAGCCUCCUAGCAUCCACUGGUGUGGACCUGUUGAUCUCCAGGGUUCUUCGCUUGAAUGACACAGACGCCGCAGAGCGUGCACGCUCUAUCCAGCAUUUGUACUCCAACCACAAUCAGACCCAGCUGGCCUGGAGCCUCGGCGGCCCGGCGGACGGCCAUCUGGCCUCCGUGGUUGGACCUGCUCUGGUCACGCUGCACCAGCUGCUCCUGUUCACGCUGCCGGGGACACCCAUCAUCAACUAUGGUGAUGAGAUCGGCUUGACUGACAAGGGCAACACAUUUCCCAUGAUGCUUUGGGACUCUGACAAGGAGCUGAACGGGACUCUACAGGAGGAGCGAUGUCUGACCUGCCGCAGUUUCCUCCAUAUGCUGACUGAGCUGCGGGGGAAAGAGCGCUCCCUGCUGUUUGGAGACUUUGAGCUCCUCUUUAACUCCACCUCCAGCCUUGCCUACCUGCGUGUCUGGGACCAGAGUGAGCGUUUUUUGGCCGUCUUUAACUGGGCAACCGAGGCGGUGACUCUGGAGCUGGGUCAUGAGGCGUUGCCCCGGCAGGCUGUCGUGGUCGUCAACACCAACAGCAGCUCAUUGGCUGCUGACACACAAGUGGACCUGAGAACCCUGAAGAUCGGCCCAGAGCAGGCCGUGCUUCUCAAGUUUCCCUAUGUGGGCUGAAGCACGACGUCAGAGGUCUUUAGUUAUAACUGAUGAUGGAACGUCAUUAAAGCUGCAGUUUAAUAUGUUGACUUAAUUUUACUCUGUUGGUGAAAAUGUGUCCAAAUCAAACAAAAUAUUAAUGUCAUGUGCAUAAAUAAAUAAAUAAAAUCACAGGAUAAAUAUUUUACUCACUAACAAAAAUUCUGUGAUGUAAAUUUCUCUUCACAUUCAGAUUAAAAAGAAUAAUUGUUUAAAAAAUCAUUGCAUUAAAAAAUUGAUUUGACAUAAAACAAUAAAAAAUAUGUAGAAGCUGAAGUGUUGAACAAUCAAAUGCCACCAUGAGAAACUUUCACAGAUGUCAACGUGUGAAUGCAAUCAGAAGACUGCCAUCGAUCGGGAUCAAUGAUUCCAUUAUCAGCUGUAACUUUGACCUUUGACACCAAAGUGAGAGUUUUUAGGACGGUUAGAAUAAUUAUAAAUGUAACGUGCAGUUGUGCCCACUGUGUAAUGUUGUAGUUCACGAAAAUAUUUAUCAGUGCAAACAAACAAAUGAGCCUCAAACAUCAUGAAAACAUACUAAAAUAACAAUAUCUGAAUGAUCUGACAUACAUAAAAAAAAAUCUAAAAAUGUACUGGCAUUUUUCAGUAUCAAGAAAAUCUAAUCAAUCCUAUCAAUCAUUCUUAUUUAUUUCAAUUCUGUCAGACUGUAUUUUGCUGGAAUUUUGUGUGAAGAAGAAAAUAAAUAGGAACAGCUGACUGAGCUAAAUCACAAUGGAUUAUCCAGACAUUUGUUAUUAUGUUUCAAUUUGAAAUGUUUGAUUAGCAGCCUGCAUUCUUCUUUUUUUUAAAUCUGAAUUUCUGUCUUUAAUUUCACAUCAUUUCUGACAUGAAUUUUCUUGAACUGAAAUCAGUUAAUGUUUCACUGGUUUGGUUUGGGAACCACUGUUUAAAUGAAACAUGAUUCAGAGUGCUGUGAAUGUUCAUUAGAUGUUAGAUGUUUUGCUUGUUUGUUUGUUUUUGGUAAAAUUCAUAUUUGUCCAAAAUAAAGUGAUUCUGGUUUAUGCUGUUGAAUGUUAGAAUAUUUGCUGCUUUGUGAUGUCACAGAGCUCAAAUGAAAACUUCAUUACA